AUGUUUCGACAGAAAAAAAGAGCUAUCGAGGCUGUAGAUGGCGAGGUCGGUCGCCAUAUUGACUAUCCGUACAGGAUGAAUCUUUAUACUGCACCUCCGCUUGAUGAGAUCACUCAAGACGAGUUUGAACAGUGGGGUCUGGACCGGCUUCGAGUGCUCCAAGAAAUUGACAACGCUCUGACCACGAAAGUUGGUGAUUUGGAAAAAACUGUGCGGCCCACGAUACAGAAAUUUCUGCCGCUGAGUCUCGGGUCGAAGCGGAACUCUGAUAAAGAGCGCAAAAAGGACCAUUACUCCCACUUCAUCUUACGGCUCGCCUUCUGCCGCAGCGAAGAGCUCAGGAAGAAAUUCGUCAGACUAGAAACUGAGCUCUUCAAGCUACGCUUUGCAACAGACGAUUUCAAGGACCGGAACGAGUUUUUGGAAAGCCUGGAGUUCAAUUGGGAAAUCGCUAGCCCCGAUGAGGUCGACCGUCUGCGCAGCCAGUUGCUAGCUGCUUCGGGCAGAAACACAGAUGUCGCAGACACCUACUACAAAGUGGACUUUACACAGGUGCCGUACCUUGUGGAGAGUCGAAGAGUUUUCUUGAAAGGUGGCAAGGCAUAUGUGCCUGAGACUUUGCAAUUAACUCUACUGACGACGGAAUACUCAAAACUGCUCGACGAAUCGUUGAUUAAAACUGCACGGGCAAUACCACGACUAGAUGAAGAGCAGCGACUCAUUCCAAUUCUUGAAAAUCUUGCUGAAAAGAUGAUUUGGCAAGAGACGUCUGCCGAGGAAAUUGGACAUACCGACACCAUUCGAGCAAACAUGAUUGAUGGCCUAGCUGCGCAAAAACACUUUCCCUUGUGUAUGCUUACCAUGCAGCGUAAGCUCAAGACGGAUCAUGUCGCAAAGUAUACUGCCAGACGACAAUACGGGUUGUUUUUGAAAGGAAUCGGCAUGGGAGUGGAAGACGCGUUGGUAUAUUGGCGAUCGAACUUUGCGCCGCGAAUCGCGGACGACAAAUUCGACAAAGAGUAUCGAUACAAUAUCAGGUAUCUGUAUGGUCUCGAAGGAAGCCGCCGAAACCAAAGGCCAUUCAAUUGCAUUCAAAUCAUCAACGGCGAUCAGCCUAGAGACAGAGAAGAAUCCCACGGCUGUCCUUACAAGUAUUUAGCUCCUCAAGCCCUGGAAGAAAAGCUGCAAAGUAUGGGAAUCACCGAUAAACAGUCACUUUCCGAAAUUCGAAGCUACAAUGAAAGCAGUCUCUAUCAUUUAUCAUGCACUAAGGUUUACGAACUUACACAUCCUAAUGAUAAGACCGUCUACAGCGAGCGAAUCAUGACUCCUCAAGCCUAUUUCCAACGCUCAUGGAACCAUGCCAAAGAAACCCCGUCUAAAUAA